UUUCCAGUUUACAACCCAGCACAGACCCUAACCAAAUCGAACUCAAAAUACGAAGAUGGCGUCGUCCAAAACCCUAAUUCGCACCGGAGUUUCUCUGAUAAACCGUUUCGUCAACCCGACUGUUAAUUCGAACCCGAUUCCCAUCCACCGGAUUCUCUGCCAGAGCCCACCAUUGAUAAACCCUCCGCAGCUGUUCCCCUCGCACUUCCUCCCUCAGUCUCACACCUCCUUUCUACAAUUUCCACAGAACCAAAACGACGCCGAAUCUCGCAGAGAGCUCUUCCUUCACCCCUCUGGCAUCCCGUUUCUUCCGUUCUUCCUCCCCGAAGGAGAUGAUUCUUCAUCAAGCAAGUCAAUGAUUUUACUUCCAAAGCGAACAUAUCAACCGAGCAACAUCAGGCGCAAAAGGACACAUGGAUUUUUCGCUCGGAAAGCAACGAAAGGUGGCCGGAGAGUUAUUGCUCGGCGAAUCGCAAAAGGUCGGUCCAGAAUCACGGCUUGAGAACUCUUGAUUGUAGACAAGUUUUGGUCAAAUCACCUCACCCUUUGUGGGUUGUUCUGACUCUGCAUAAUGUUAGGUUGGGAUAGAGAAAGUCAAGUUAAUCUAUUUGGCCUUCGGGGGAUUUCAAAUGUUCCCAAUGCAUUGGAGAUUUUGCUGUGUCCCAAUAUUGGAGAUUUUGCUGUGUCCCAAUAAAUAUAGUGUCUGAAUCAUUUUCGGUUGCUUUGGUUUUAUUAGUGCGAUCACAUUAGUUUUUUGUUCCGCUCCUUUGUUGUGCGAGUUUCUUAUGCAGAAAAAGUUGAACAAAUCUACGAAAUUGUAGUUUGUGUUAUGAAUUCAAUAGCUGUCCUGUAGUUGCAAAAUACAUCUGAGAAGAUAAUAGUGCGUUUGAUUU